GCCCAUAAAUAUAUUUUCGCAGGAAGAAAUUAGAAAACCCGUCAAAGCCUUGCCUUAUCGCAUGUAGAUUUUGAUAGGUAAAGAAACAGCCACAUAUAUUCUUCAAAUUUCAUUCCUUUUUUCCACCUCCACCUUAUUAUCCCCUACCUUCCCCAACCACAACCUCCUUCCAUCUUCCCGUUUACAAACUCACUCACUCACUCUCUCUCUCUCUCUCUCUCUCUCUCUCUCAAGUUCUGAACUCAACAAUACCCAAGUGUUGGAAUUCCAGUUACAGUUCUUGGAGAGAGGUAAAGCUGUUCUAUUUCUCUAGAAAGUAUUGAAUUUUGGAUUUGGGGUUCUAUUUGUUUUUGUUUUUUUUCUGCUAGGAACAAUAAUAUUAUUGUUACUUCUGGAAUUCCAGUAUUGGGUAGCUUGAAUUUUUCUUCAUGUUAUACUAAUUGACAUACAAGUUCACGUUUUGUCUGGAACUCUGGAGAGUUUUGGAUGACAGCUUAGAAUAUAUUUAUAUGGGUGGUUGUGUUGUGGGGUCUCCAUGCUAAUUUUAGUAGGAAGCAUGCAGGGAACAAUGGCUUCUGUGGCUUCCCUUGUUAGUUUGGGAAGUGUCACACUUUUGGGUUCAUCUGAAAGGUCCCGCUCACUUGUUAGAAAAGUUUCUUUAUCUAAGGCAAGUUUAAAGGGUAGCAGGAGAUGGCAUUGUGUAAGGUUAUCUGUGUGUAAAUGUUCGGUCACAACUACUGAUUUUGUUGCCAAGCAAGGAAAUGAGGUGUCCCUUGAUUCUAACAACUAUAGAGGAAGUACAGAUGUUUCUAAUGCCAAUGCUGAUUUUGUACUCAAGCCUUCCCCAAAGCCAGUAUUGAAGUCCUCAGGAGGGUCCAAUAAUGAACCCCUUGUAGGUAUUGAUGCAGCUGAUUGGGACCCCUCAAGGAUUAGUGGGAAUUCGGAUGAAGAAGAAGGAGAAGAAGAAAGGAAUAAGGUGAUUGAGUCGCUUGGAGAGGUUCUGGAGAAGGCUGAAAAGUUAGAAACUUCAAGAGCUGGUGAAUUGGGUACUAAGAAAGAUAGUAGCUCUGUAAAUAAACCUGCACCAUCUAACGCAAGUACUAAUUUGGGGAAUGCUAAACCGGUGAACUCGGAGACAAGUAGUAAGUCUAAAACUUUGAAGAGUGUGUGGCGUAAAGGAGACACAGUCGCAACUGUGCAGAAGGUUGUAAAGGAAUCACCUAAACUUAAUAAUACAACCCCAGAAGAGGAACUAAAAACAGGGGGAGGGUUAAAAGCAGAGUCUCAACCCCGUGCUUCUUUGAGACCCCCUCAACCCCCUUUGAGAUCCCAACCAAAAUUACAAGCAAAGCCUUCUGCAGCUCCUCCACCCACGGUAAAGAAACCUGUUGUCUUGAAGGAUGUGGGGGCAGCUCCAAAGUCGUCAGGGAUUGAUGAAACUGAUUCUUCCACACAGACUAAAGAACGGAAGCCAAUUUUGAUUGACAAAUUUGCUUCCAAGAAGCCAGCGGUUGAUUCUGUGAUUUCUCAAGCAGUUUUAGCUCCUUCAAAACCAGGAAAGGGCCCUCCCCCUGGAAGGUUCAAAGAUGGGUAUCGAAAGAAAAAUGAUCCAGGUGGACGGAGGCGGAAGGUUGAUGACGAGAUUCCGGAUGAAGAGGCCUCGGAACUCAAUGUCUCUAUUCCUGGAGCAGCUAGGAAAGGGAGGAAGUGGAGUAAAGCAAGCAGGAAGGCAGCGAGACUCCAGGCUGCCAAAGAGGCAGCCCCUGUUAAAGUAGAAAUUCUAGAGGUUGGUGAGGAUGGUAUGCUGAUAGAUGAUUUAGCGUACUAUUUGGCCAUUAAUGAAUCCCAAAUUCUUGGAUCUCUGUACGCAAAGGGAAUUAAGCCUGAUGGGGUUCAAACUCUGGACAAAGAUAUGGUAAAGAUGAUUUGUAAAGAGCAUGAUGUGGAAGUUAUAGAUGCUGAUCCUGUAAAGGUGGAAGAAAUGGCAAAAAAGAAGGAAAUACUCGAUGAAGAUGACCUGGACAAACUAGAAGACAGGCCUCCUGUCCUUACUAUAAUGGGUCAUGUGGAUCAUGGCAAGACAACCCUGUUGGACUAUAUCCGGAAGAGCAAGGUUGCUGCCUCAGAGGCUGGUGGAAUUACACAAGGAAUUGGGGCAUAUAAGGUGCUUGUACCAAUUGAUGGAAAGGUGCAAUCAUGUGUUUUCCUUGAUACUCCUGGGCAUGAGGCAUUUGGAGCAAUGAGAGCUCGUGGAGCAAGGGUGACAGACAUUGCUAUCAUUGUAGUGGCUGCUGAUGAUGGAAUCCGCCCUCAAACAAAAGAGGCCAUAGCUCAUGCUAAAGCUGCUGGCGUGCCAAUAGUAGUAGCUAUAAAUAAGAUAGACAAGGAUGGAGCUAAUCCAGAUCGAGUCAUGCAAGAGCUUUCUUCUAUUGGUCUAAUGCCAGAGGACUGGGGUGGUGAUGUUCCAAUGGUCCAGAUUAGUGCUCUUAAAGGGAAGAAUAUAGAUGAGCUUUUGGAAACUGUUAUGCUAGUUGCAGAGUUGCAAGAUUUAAAGGCUAAUCCUCAUAGAAGUGCGAAAGGCACAGUCAUUGAGGCCGGUCUUCAUAAAUCUAAAGGACCUUUAGUUACACUUCUUGUGCAAAAUGGAACCCUUAGACGAGGGGACAUAAUAGUUUGUGGAGGAGCCUUUGGAAAGGUGCGGGCUUUAUUUGAUGAUGGUGGAAAUCGUGUCGAUGAAGCUGGACCCUCUAUACCUGUUCAGGUUCUUGGAUUAAAUAAUGUUCCUGUUGCUGGUGAUGAAUUUGACGUUGUUGGCUCCCUUGAUGUUGCACGUGAAAAAGCAGAGUCACGUGCUGAGUCAUUGCGAAAUGAACGUAUAUCAGCUAAGGCUGGCGACGGCAGGGUUACUCUUUCUUCCUUAGCGUCUGCAGUUUCAGCAGGAAAGCUGUCUGGAUUAGACUUGCACCAGCUAAAUAUUAUUCUGAAGGUUGAUCUUCAGGGAUCUAUUGAGGCAGUCAGACAAGCCCUGCAGGUGCUCCCACAAGAUAAUGUCACCUUGAAGUUUCUCUUGGAAGCAACAGGUGAUGUAAGCACCAGUGAUGUUGAUCUUGCUGCUGCCAGCAAAGCCAUCGUUUUCGGAUUCAAUGUCAAAGUACCGGGUUCUGUGAAAAGCUAUGGAGAAAACAAAGGUGUCGAGAUCCGCCUUUAUAGAGUUAUCUAUGAACUUAUUGAUGAUGUACGAAAUGCAAUGGAAGGACUCCUAGAGCCUGUUGAGGAACAAGUGACAAUUGGCUCAGCAGAAGUCCGGGCCGUAUUCAGCAGUGGUAGUGGUCGUGUUGCUGGAUGCAUGAUAAAUGAGGGAAAAGUUGUUAAAGGCUGUGGCAUUCAGGUCAUUCGAAGGGGAAAAGUAGUGCAUGUUGGCCUUCUUGAUUCGUUGAAACGGGUUAAGGAAAUUGUGAAAGAGGUAAAUGCUGGACUAGAGUGUGGAAUUGGGGUGGAAGACUACGACGAUUGGGAGGAGGGAGAUAUUCUUGAGGCCUUCAACACAGUCCAAAAGAAGCGGACCCUUGAAGAGGCGUCUGCUUCAAUGGCGGCUGCAGUGGAAGGAACAGGAAUUCAAUUGUAGAAAGGUGCGAAGUCACAGAAUUGGCGUAUGUGCAUGUUUUGUUGGAAGCAAAUUAUGAUGACCUCAAUCCGGCACACCACCACCGUCGUCUGAUCAGUGCCAAGACAGUCCUCAGGAGGUUUGCAUCGGUUAGUACCCCACACGUGCAUUUAUUUUGAGUGUGGGGUGCUAAUGAUCUAUGCAAGAUGAAUGUACCCUUUUGUUGUAUGCUAUUACACUGUAUAUAAUUUUAUACAUUGUAGCUUUCAGCUUUGUUUUGUAAAGAGGGGAGGGAGGGACAUUCAUUCAAGUUCCUUAUAGUUCUAAUGUUGCGGGGAGAGCACUUGUAACAGAUACAUGAAAUUUGAGAAAAAAGUUACAAAAUUCUUUA